CGAGAGUGUAUACGGCGCGAGUGCUCCAAUAAAAAGUCAACUUAUCGCGCGCUCACGAUCAUUUUUGUUGGCAAUGCGCGCCGGUUAAGUUCGUGGCAAGAACGGUGAAAAGUUAUAAAAGCAAGUUAAGAAGUUAAGUUUCGAAAAUGUUCUAAGUUGUUCUUGAAAUUUUUUGAUAAACCAUAGACUUGUGCAAGUCAAAGUGUUAAAAUUCAAAGCGCAAAUAUUUUUGUGAACUGUUAGUGUAGUUGAAUAAUAAAUUUUUUCCGCAUAUCGUGUGCUUGAAAAUAAAUGCCUGCAUGAGUUAUCACACAAAAAUGGCGCCAAAUCAUCAUCCUCAUCACUUUAUGAUGCAUGGCCUGCCGCUGGAGCCCGUGUCGCGCACCUACCAGUACCGCAAGAUUAUGAAACCGAUGCUGGAACGCAAGCGACGCGCGCGCAUCAAUAAAUGUUUGGAUGAGCUGAAGGAUUUGAUGACCAGCACUUUGCAAGCGGAUGGCGAAAACCUCUCCAAGCUGGAAAAGGCUGAUAUCUUAGAGCUAACAGUGCGCCAUCUACAUCGGCUGCGCGAAACAAACGGUCUCUUUGUACGCCACAGCGAUACGCUGAACAUGGAGAAAUUCUGGGCAGGAUUUCAGCACUGCGCUGUGGAGGUGUCACAUUUCCUACAAAAAUACGAUCAACAAAACAAACAUAUAAAUGGAGAUUUAAUCAAAUAUAUUGCGAAUUAUGUGCCAAAUAUGGCAGCAGCAGUAGCGGCAGCAGCCGUCGCAACGACAGCCAACGGAACAAAUACAGCGCCACCCGCCGUAGUCUCAGCUCAAUCUGCGCUAGCAAUGCAAGCAAGUGGCAAUGGAGUUAGUUAUGGCACGGUGGCCAACAAUAUAAAUGAGCAUUACCAAAGAUUCUGCACAGCGUUGCGGCAUAUGCCAGCGGAGGCAACGGCAACCACACCAACGACGCCGCCGGCGGCAGCAGCAGCAGCAACAUCGCACGCCAGGCACCAACAAAUGCAAAUAUCCGCUUCAGCAGUUUCUAGCUUUGAACGCAUUUGGGAGGCGGCAGCGCGAGCAGCAGCCACUGGCAAAACGCGAAUGCAUCCUUAUGCCCGAAAAGUGUUGCAUAAUCACGGCAAUGGCGCGAAUGUUGAGCCAGUGGAGAGUGAGGCCGAUGGCAGUGAAACGCUCGGUGAUGACGUGGACUGUGCCGAUGGUGAUUUUCUGCACGGCGAUGGCCUCGUUUGGCGUCCUUGGUGAACGCGGCCCCUAACCACCCGCAUUUGCUUUGGUCGCCUGACCUUAAACGCGGAUAAUUUUACCCUGUUAACAUAAUAAAAUCAUGCUUAAUGCAGCAUGCAUACCUGUGCACUUGUCUACAUAUGUAUGUGUGCGUGUAGGACUAAGUAUUUCAAAGGACCACAGCAGCAAAUUUCCAUAUUUGUAUAAUCAAAUUUGUUGUGUAACUGCAUGGCUAAAGCUUUAUUUAU